AAAGAAAAAAACAAAAUCAACACUCAACUUCAACAGAUAUAGUUGCCAGCUAAGUUCCUCAAGUCAUAGAGCCACCGAUCGAGUUGUGUCAAGAAAAACAGAGGAAAAAUGGUGAAGAUCCAGUGUUCAUACACCAUUAUCCCCUAUGAAACCACACCAACACCAACACUAUCUCUUUCCCACUGUGAUCAACUCAAACUCCCCAACCAUGGUUCUCAACUUUUCCUCUAUACUCCCAAUGAUUCUCCACCACUCUUCAAUUCAGUUCACACCCUCAGAACCUCCCUCAGCAAAGUACUCACCCUCUUCUACCCUUUUGCCGGUCGAUUGUGCUGGACUCAUGGUGGCCGCUUUGAACUCCUCUGCAAUGCCAAGGGAGCACAACUUCAAGGAGCAACCUCUGAUGUCCCCUUGAACGAUUUUGGAGAUUUAGCUGACACCCAUGUCGCGGAACAACUGGUACCGAGGAUUGACUACAGUGUCCCAAUUGAGGAGGUUCCUUUACUUGCGGCGCAGGUAACCAGGUUCUCUUGUGGUGCCAUCACUUUAGGCCUUGCCUUUUGUCGUGCCUCGCUUGAUGGAACCUCUCAUGGGGGAUUCAUGACCACCUGGGCCAAAUUAGCCAGAGGAGAGACUUUGGAUGAUUCAAGUUUGAUGCCGUUUCUUGAUCGAACUGUGUUAGAUUCACGAAGCCUUCAUUUGCCACCGCGUUUUGAACACCCUGAGUUUUCUCCACCACCCAUUUGGGAAGGUAGCUCCAAGGUUACAACAUCACUUUAUGCCACUGCUGUUUUCAAAUUAACAAGAGCACAAGUUGAGAAACUGAAGAAGAAAGCCAAUAGCAACAACAAUGUGCGAGGUGGUUAUACUAGUUUUGAGGUUAUGAGUGGUCACUUGUGGAGGUGUGUUUGCAAGGUGAGGUAUGCAGGGAAUGGGAACCAGCCAACAAGGCUAACAACAUUGGUCAAUUGUAGAAACCGGUUGAGUCCACCUCUUCCAAAUGGUUACUUCGGGAACGCAACGUUUCCUACGGUGACACAAACUUGUUCCUUUGAUGAGGUUAUGCAGAGUCCUCUGAGUUAUGCUGUUGGCAAAGUCAGGGGAGCGAUUCAGAGGAUGGAUGAUGAGUAUGUGAGAUCUGCUCUUGACUAUUUGGCGGAUCAGAAGGAUAUGAAUUUGUUUAGGGACAAGUUUUACAACUCUGCUGGACAAAACCCAAAUUUGUAUGUGGUGUGUUGGACCAAUUUUCCAUUUUAUGGAACUGAUUUUGGGUGGGAAAAACCUGUGUGCUUGCUUCCAGGGAGCAUUGGUUCUGAUGGUAAGGCUUUCAUUCUCAAUGAUGCAAGUGGGGAUGGAUUUGUUCUGGCUAUUUCUUUGCAACUUUCCCAUGUUGAUACUCUCAAGAAGCUGUUUUAUGAGGAUAUAGAGUCUGCUGCUACUUCCAAAUUGUGAUGAUAUGAGACUUGUCAGCCUUUGAUUUUGGUGCUGCUGCUUCUUAAUAAAGCUUCAGUACCUGGUUGAUUCAUGAGAUAUGAAACUUAGAGCAGUUUAUAGCUUUGA